UACUCAAAAUUUGAAAGCAUGGUUUCUUCACUUGCAGCAUGGCAGCUAGACAAACAAGAUUUCUUAUCCGAGAAAAAGUUUUUAUUGUGAAUCUGUUUAAAACUUUAACUAAUUUUCCGAAUAGAGUUGAAAGAGUGAGGAUAAAUUUUGCCAGGGAAUUCCCUGGUCAAAAAGUUCCCAGUGAAAGAACAAUAUAUCGGCUUGUGGAUAAAUUUGAAACUAAAUAUACAGUUGAAAACCUUCACAAGGGUAACAGUGGACCUAGGAGGACAGCAAGGACGGAUGUGGUGGUGAGGCAGGUGGAGAAUGUGGUGACCAGGGACUGUAGGGUUGAGUAUGAUAGACCACCAAACACCAGUAGGAGAAACGAACUCAACCUCUCCAAGUCGACCUGGAACAGAAUUUUAAGAAAUGACCUGAAUUUUACUUGUUACAGGUUGAUUAGGGCACAACACCUUAACCUACAACUUGGAGACAUGGAGAAAAGGUUCCGGAUGUGUGAACAUCUUAAAGAUUUACCGGACGAUGAGUUGGUAAAAACUGCUUUUACUGACGAGGCCAGUUUUUGUUUAGAUGGAUCUGUAAACAUAAGAAACUGCACGCGGUACAUUAAAUCAAGAAGGAACGGUGGAGCAGGGUGGCGAGGUCUUGUUAAAAACUUCCUGCAUGAAACCCAGAAGUUUCCCGAAAAAGUUAUGGUCUGGAUCGGAUCCUGCUGCGGUCAGCUGUUUGGGUUGAAGUUUGUGGAAGGAAUCCUCAAUUCUGUAGGGUACCAAGACCAUAUUAGGAAUGUCUGUAUCCCACAGCUGAAAGGGUUGAAUAAUGGCACUCUUGAUGGCAUCACCUUCCAACAAGAUGGAGCCAAUAUUCAUCGGCAGCCAGCAUUCCUUGAUUAGCUUGACCAGACCUUUCAGGGUCGAGUUUUAGCCCUAGGGGCUGAGCGGCUUGGCCGGUCAGGUCAUUCCUGGGCACCGCGUUCGCCUGAUUUGUCGGUUCCUGAUUUUGCAAUCUGGCCUCUGAUGAAAAGGCAGGUUUACCAGCAUCCUCGACCCACCAACAUCGACGAGCUGAAAGCCAAGAUUACAAGAGUCGUUUAUGAUCUCAAUUCCCAGCCUGAACUUAUCCAGAAGUGUCACAUUGGUGUGAAAAGCCGUGCUCGUCUCUGCUUCCAUAAUCAUGGCGGACAUUUUGAAUUCAUGAAAUAAAUAUUUCUCUAAAUCGUCUCAAUUAUUUUCUAAAAAAAACAUUAAUUUUUUCGAUAGUUUAAAUACAGCUCUACAUUAUAUAACCUAAUUAGAUACAUUGCAAGUAUACAUAUUUUGCAAUAGUUACAGAAACAAUUACUUUGUAAACAAGAGAUAUUUUUCUUAAAGUUUAACCAAAGCAAAAUUGUAAUCCAUUUGGAACUUAUUCUCAUGUAAUGUAAUGGCCUAUUGAUUGACAUGGCAACGUAUAAAACUAUUUUUUAGUUGU